AUGGGGGAUUUCAACAAUGUUCUAAACAUUAAAGACAAAAUUGGUGGGAAACAUGUCAAGGAAUUUGUGUAUAUUGACUUGAGUACUUUUAUGGAAAAUGCAUGCAUCUUUGAAGUAGAGAGUAUAGGUGAUAGGUAUACUUGGUUUAACAAGCAUACUGGUGGUGCUAUAUACUCUAAAAUUGACAGAGUCAUUGCAAAUAUGGAUUUGAUGCAGCAAACUAUUCAGAAAAUGGUGCAUGUGAUGGAGCUUGGAAUCUCUGAUCACAUGUUAUUGUGCCUAAAGGGUAAUGAGGAAAAUAAGAAUAAGCACUUUGAUUUUAAAUUCUUAAAUGAAAUUGCUGAUAUGGAAUGGUACCAUGAGGCAGUGAGAAGGAGCUGGAGACAGAGAACUAGAGGAAAUCCUAUCAAUAGUCUUUGGAAAAAGGUAAUGAGACUCCAACCAGUUCUGAUAAAGCUUAGAAAACCCCUUGUGGGCAUUAAGAAACAAAUUGAUAAGAUUGAUUGGAUCAGAUUGGGGGAUGGAAAUAACUCAUAUUUCCAUGCUUCCUUGAAAAGUAAACAAAAGAAGAAUAAUAUGAGCAAGUCGUGCACAGUUUAUGGAAUUGUGAUUAGUACUCAUGAGGCUAUUGUUGAAGAGGUGUUGGACUUCUAUGGUAAGCUUUUAGGAACAACUAAGCAAAGCCUUGAGGGGAUUGCUAUUGUGGCCCAUAGAAAAGGCAAAUAA